GAAUUUUCCUAUAGGGUGGGUAGACGGUUUCGUUAGGCCGCAGUGGCCGUAGACCAAACAGGGCGAAAAUUGUUGGUUGCAUUGGCUGUGUCACAAAGUUGCUGGAACAGAGAUCUCUAGCCACUUAAACGCCGCAUAGCUGUCCAACGGCGCAUGAUUACAAGCGAAGGAGAAAUUAUCUAAACGUCGAGUCACGAUCUUCCUCACUUAUCUCCAUAUCUCUGAUUGUACUAUAAGAGGUAUCCGUGAUAACAUUUCAGGUGGACGUUAGCAGCCAUGGUUUCUGUUGAAUCGUUUCGGGAGCAGUUCAACAGGUUGAAAGAAGUUGAGGGAGGAAAGGACCAACUCAUAGAGGACCUGAUCAGUCGCGUUGAGAAGAUACAGCAUAGUUUUACAGAGAAAGAGUGGCAUCUUGAACGUGAACAGGAGACCACUAAAUUAUACCAAACGAAGCAUUAUGAUGUUCAGGUUAAGCUGAAGAAGACGGAAGAGGAGAUCGGUUCUAACGGCUUCGUUUCAGUUUUGAUCGAUGGCGAUUGCGUGCCGUUCGUCGAUCACUUUGUCGAAUCUGCCCAACAAGGAGGGAAGGAGGCAGCGUGCCAUCUGAGGAACAAAGUGUGCGAGUAUGCUUCAACCGAGCUUGACUUGCCAAGCAACAUCCAAAUCCGAGUCCGUGUAUAUGCAAACACAAAGGGUUUGGCAUCCGCAUACUGUUACAACAAGAUUCUGGGUAGUGCAGAUGGUCUUCAGAUGUUCGUUCGUGGUUUCAACAUGGGACAUCCUAUGUGUGAUUUCGUAGAUGCUGGCGAUGGGAAGGAAUGCGCGGAUUCCAAGCUGAAAGCAUGGUUCGAGCACGAUAUGGCCGAUGUUCAGUGCCAGGCGGUCAUAUUCGGCGGAUCCGCCGAUGACGGCUACGCGCGACUUCUCCAGCCUUACAUUGGAGGCAACUCGAAGAGCAAACGAAUCGUUCUAGUAGAAGGACCCCCAUUUGCCAAGGAGCUGGCAGUACUAAAAGACAAAUUCCUCAUUGUGCAUUUCCCUGAUGUCUUCAGAGGGACGAAGCUACCGUCCCGGCGAGUGUCUUUCUCUACGACACCCUCUCCUACUCCAAUCUCAAGGGCACCUAGCUACGCUACCACAAUUGCAAGCCCUGUCGAUGCUACUGCGGUCACAAUAGACAAAAGUCGGCACUCCUCAACGACUAUAAUUGUACCCGCUCGUAUGGACUACCCCAUCCUACAAAAUAGCAAGGGCCAGCGCCUUGAUGAGAUCCUCAACCCACCUCAAUCACUCGUGCAGGCCCAGAGAAACAAGAAACUCUGUAACGCGUACCACAUUCUAGGAGAGUGCCCUUAUCCUAAGUGCACGAAGACCUACGUGCAUGGAAGUAGGCUUGAUGAGAAAGGACUUGAAGCUCGGCGAUUGAUCGCACGCCAGUCGCCAUGUCGGUCUGGGCUCCAGUGCAGAGAUGCAAAAUGCAUUCUUGGACACGAAUGUCCUGAUAAAGCGUGUAUUGGGACGCGUUGUCGUUUCCCGAGGGAGACGCAUGACGUUGAUAGGACUUGAAAUUGGUUGUCGUAGUUCGUUACGGUUUGAGACAAAGGUCAUGGUUAUAAUACAGUUCCAUAGGAUUCGCCGUUGAGUGGGUGAUGAAACAAGAC